UGGACACACAAGCAGGAAUAUCUCAGAAGGACAUCUAAUGUUAUCCCCGGAUUGUGACAUAAAAGAUAAUGACAGUAGACAGGAUUCUCCAGGAGAUAACCCCAUUACCCCAAUUAUACAUCCAGCUCUAUCAGCUGGUCCCUCUGAUCCUGGGGAAUGUUCUCCUGAUCACUCUGAUAUUGGUGCAUCUGUUACAGCUCUGAGAGUAGAUACAGUGUUUCCCUGGUCUAUAGAUACCAAAUGUUUUACACAGAACACAAACCUUAUUACCCAUCAGCCAGCUAAGGCAGGUGAGAGGCCACUGAUAUGUUCUGAGUGUGGGAAAUGUUUUACAUACAAAUCAGGUCUUGUUACACAUGAGAGAAUACAUACAGGUGAGAAACCAUAUUCCUGUUCUGAGUGUGGGAAAUGUUUUACCCAGAAAUCACAACUUAUUACACAUCAGCGAAGUCACACAUGUGAAAGGCCAUUUCCAUGUCCUGAGUGUGGGAAAUGUUUUGCACAUAAAUCAGAUCUUGUUAGUCAUAACAGAAAUCACACAGGUGAGAAGCCAUUUUCAUGUUCUGAGUGUGGGAAAUGUUUUACCUGGAAAUCACAACUUGUUACACAUCUGCGAAGUCACACAGGUGAAAAUCCAUUUCCAUGUUCUGAGUGUGAGAAAUGUUUUACAUAUAAAUCACAACUUGUAAUACAUAAGAGAAUACAUACAGGUGAGAAACCAUAUUCCUGUUCUGAGUGUGGGAACUGUUUUACAUACAAAUCAACUCUUGAUGCACAUAAGAGAAGUCACACAGGUACAUCACCAUUUCCAUGUUCUGAGUGUGGGAAAUAUUUUGCACAGAAAUCACAACUUGCUAGACAUCAGAGAAGUCACACAGGUGAGAAGCCAUUUCCAUGUCCUGAGUGUGGUAAAUGUUUUGCACAAAAUUCAGAUCUUGUUAGUCAUAACAGAAGUCACACAGGCGAGAAUCCAAUUUCUUGCUCUGAGUGUGGGAAAUGUUUUGCCUGGAAAUCACAACUUGUUAAACAUCAGAGAAGUCACACAGGUGAGAAGCCUUUUCCAUGUCCUGAGUGUGGGAAAUGUUUUGCAAACAAAUCAGAUCUUGUUAAACAUAAGAGAAGUCACACAGGUGAGAAGCCAUUUCCAUGUACUGAGUGUGGUAAAUGUUUUGCACAAAAAUCAGAUCUUGUUAGUCAUGACAGAAGUCACACAGGUGAGAAUCCAAUUUCCUGCUCUGAGUGUGGGAAAUGUUUUGCCCGGAAAUCACAACUUGUUAUACAUCACAGAAGUCACACAGGUGAGAAGCCAUUUUCUUGCUCUGAGUGUGGGAAAUGUUUUGCCCGGAAAUCAGAUAUUGUUAGACAUCAGCGAAGUCACACAGGUGCGAGGCCAUUUCCAUGUUCUGACUGUGGAAAAUGUUUUGCACACAAAUCACAUCUUGUUAUUCAUCAGAGAAAUCACACAGGUGAGAAGCCUUUUUCUUGCUCUGAGUGCACGAAAAGUUAUACUCAGAAAUCAGAACUUGUUACACAUCAGAGAAGUCACACAGGUGAGAAGCCAUUUCCAUGUCCUGAGUGUGGGAAAUGUUUUGCACACAAAAGAGAUCUUUUUAAACAUGAGAAAAGUCACACAGGUGAGAAGCCAUUUUCUUGCUCUGAGUGUGGGAAAUGUUUUGCACUCAAAUCAGCUCUUGUUAUACAUCACAGAAGUCACACAGGUGAGAAGCCAUUUUCUUGCUCUGAGUGUGGGAAAUGUUUUACACAGAAAUCACAUCUUGUUACACAUCAGCAAAGUCACACAGGUGAUAAUCCAUUUCCAUGCUCUGAGUGUGGGAAAUGUUUUGCACUCAAAUCAGCUCUUGUUAUACAUCACAGAAGUCACACAGGUGAGAAGCCAUUUUCUUGCUCUGAGUGUGGGACAUGUUUUACACAGAAAUCACAUCUUGUUAGACAUCAGCAAAGUCACACAGGUGAGAAUCCAUUUCCAUGCUCUGAGUGUGGGAAAGGUUUUGCACACAAAUCAGCUCUUGUUGUACAUCACAGAAGUCACACAGGUGAGAAGCCAUUUCCAUGUUCUGAGUGUGGGAAAUGUUUUACACACAAAUCACAAUUUGUUACACACCAGAGAAGACACACAGGUGAGAAGCAAUUUUAAUCUUCUGGAGUAUACUCAUCAUUGCCAUGCGUUGUUCUUCAAGGUUCUUAUCGUAUCUCCUAUGCUUUUUGCAAUAUACAUGCUACUGCAUGGUGAAAUAAUCAGAUGUCAUGUCCUCAUCUACCACUGCUAUGCAGAUGAUCUGUCUUUUGCUCCAGACACUGAGAACCCAGUCCCAAUCCUAAAUGGUUGUCUAGCUGAGCUCCAGGUGUGGGUGAUGCCAGUUGGCUGUGACUCAGUCCUGGUGAAACAGGUCCAUAUGGUAGAAGCUCACCAACAAAGGACAGGGCUACAGCUCAGCUUUGCAAACCAACCAGACUUACACUUGGGGGUUCAGAGUUACAAAAUUCUGAUCCUGUGCAGAAUCUUGGUGUCCUGGAUUGUGGAGUGACACUUAGACAUCAGGUAUCAGCCACAAUCAGAUCCUUAUCUGAGGAACAUAGCCAGACUCCAUCACUUAUUUCCCUCAGAAGAUCUACCUACAGUCAUACAUGUACUUGUAUCAUCACGCACAGACUACUGCAAUGUCCUCUACCUGGGUCUCCCAGCAAAAUAAUUACUGAGCUUGUAGCUUGUACAGAAUGCAGCAGCCAGGUUGUUACCUAACCAGCCCGUUCCUGCCACAUAACACCCAUUCUCUGCUCCCUUCACUGGCUGCCUGUAAGAUGAUGACUCGGGGCCUAAUUCAGGUUUGAUCGCAGUGUGUGAUCCAAACGGAAUUAUUGAAAAAUUGCGGGCGCAUCCACUGCGCCCAUCCCGUGCAUGCACCUGCAUUUUCUGCAGAGGGGACGCAGAAAAUGUGAUUGCCUGUCAGGCAGAGGCAGUCACGGGGGUGGGCGGGCAAUGCUCCAUUUCCAGGGAGGAAACGGAGCGGUGCGGGGGCAGUGUGGCGCGAACGGAGGACAGACGGGCAUGAUCACGGCUGUGUGACAUCACAUGCAGCCGCCAUGAUCAAGAAAAAUGCAGCGGGCCUCCUGCGCAAGCAGCGGCAGCAGCGGGCCUCCUGCGCAAGCAGCGGCAGCAGGAGGCUUCACUAAUUUCUACGAUAAAGCAGAAAUUGUGAGGCAAUCGCAAUUUCUGCUUCAUCAAGGGGGUAGGCGGUGGUCAGCAUGCUGGGUGGCCUUGCGAUGGGUGGCCCCUAGCACGCUAGGAAAAGGAUUGCUAAUUAGCAGCAUCUGCUAUCCUUACUGAAUUUAGACCCUCUAUUAAGUAAUCUUACUGAGUCCCAGCCUUGCAUGACCAUAAUACCAGAAGCAGCUGCUGCCUCCGUACUGCCCGGGUUUCUUCCAUCUGUUGAUGGACUGUUAGCAGUACCAUAAAUUCCCAAGCAGUGCUAAGAUGUCAGGGGAAACAGGGUGGGUGGCAGUAGUGCAGUAGCGGGGGCUACUGGAGGCAAUGUCUAUGUGGGUAAUAUUGUCCCCAAGCAGGGCUGAGGAGGGAGACAGGGCAGGGGGCAGAAGUAGGAGCUGCUGGAGGCAAUGUCUAUGAGGUUAAACGUCCCCAAGCAGGGCUGAGGAGGGAGACAGGGUGGGUGGCAGUAGUGGGAGCUGCUGGAGGCAAUGUCUAUGUGGGUAAAUGUCCCCAAGCAGGGCUGAGGAGGGAGACAGGGCAGCGGGCAGUAGUAGGAGCUGUUGGAUGCAAUGUGUAUGUGGGUAAACGUCCCCAAGCAGGGCUGAGGAGGGAGACAGGGUGGGUGGCAGUAGUGGGAGCUGCUGGAGGCAAUGUCUAUGUGGGUAAACAUCUGCAAGCAGGGCUGAGGUGUCAGAGCGGGGAGACAGGGCAGGUGGCAGUAGUAGGGGAGACACGGGUGGAUGGCAAUAGUGGGGGGAGAUGGGACGGGCGGCAGUAGUAGGGGAGACAGGGCAGGUGGCA